AUGGACAAAAGCCCUGUAGCUUCUGAGACUGCCCCUAAGUACAAAUACAUUGAGGAUUGUGAACGGCUAGAGAGGUACUGUCCAGGCGGCUUUUAUCCGUUAAAGCUUGGUGAUCGACUCUGUGAUGGACGUUACUCUAUUGUCCAGAACCUCGGAUUUGGCGGCAGCUCUACAGUAUGGCUGGCUUCUGACCAGAAGCAACAGGAGUUAGUUGCUAUCAAAAUAAAAUCCGCCGAUUCUGCCUCGAAAUCUCAGGAAGUAGAUAUUCUAAAACAUCUUCAUCCGCACCCAUUGAUCAGACAGCUGCUGGACAAUUUCAUUGAAAUUAGUCCCAAUGGAACUCACAAUUGCCUGGUCAUGGAAACGGCUAGUUGUAGCUUGACGCAAUCAAAGUCCUUGGCCUUUCACGGACUACUGGAUCUUCGUAUCGCGCGAGCUAUUGCUGCAGACCUGGUGUUAGCCGUCCAGUUUUUACACGGACAAAGCAUUAUCCACGGUGAUAUACAUUGCGGUAAUAUCUUUCUUCGACUUCCCGCCGAUGUUCGCCGAAUGAUAGACCCUUCACAACUGUAUCAGAAAUUUGGCGAUCCAAUUCUUGAGCCUAUUGUCCGAGUUGAUGGCAAACCUCUCCCGGCAGGAGUUCCUACUCACGUCGUUGGGCCUGCAAGAGUUGGAAUUCGGUCUGACCAAAUCACCCCUACCUAUUUGCCCAUCAUGCUCUCUGACUUUGGUUCGAGUUACUACCCUAGUAAAACAAGACGGACUAACGCAUAUACGCUGCCCCACCUUGUUCCACCCGAAAUUUUCUUUCUUGACAAACAAAACGACGAAUAUAACCUUUCAUUCCCCAGCGAAAUUUGGACCCUUGGAUGUACCAUAUUUGAAAUCAUUGGUAGUGGGGGCCCCUUUAGUACCUUAGGUGGAGGCAUACUUCAGGACCAAGUCAGUGUUUUGAGAAAGCUCCCUGAUCCAUGGUGGUCACAAUGGGAGUCCAGAACCGAUUUUUUUAACGAGGAUGCAACUAUUGAUAUCACGACUGAUGCUCCUUUCCAAGAUAGCCUGGAAGAACGGUACGAUUGGUUCGUUAACGCGGCUCGGCGGCGAUCAGACAUGGAAGAGCAGGGGGAGGAUGAGAAGAAGGCUUUCCUACAUAUGAUUUGGAUGAUGCUUCAAUAUUUACCAAGCGACAGAGCUACUAUUCGGGAUGUUGUUGAGUCUGAGUGGAUGCAAAGAUGGGCGUUUCCUGCAAAGCAGGAAAUUAAGUAA